AUGGCUUUAACCCGGCUCUGCGCCCUGCUAGCCUGCUGCUGGGGGCCGGCGGCGGUGCUGGCCACGGCGGCGGGCGACGUGGAUGCUUCCAAGGAGCUGGAGUGUAAGCUCAAAAGCAUCACAGUGUCGGCGCUGCCCUUCCUGCGCGAGAACGACCUGAGCAUCAUGCACAGCCCCUCGGCCUCCGAGCCCAAGCUCCUCUUCUCGGUGCGCAACGACUUCCCAGGAGAAAUGGUCGUGGUAGACGACCUGGAGAACACGGAACUGCCCUACUUCGUGCUGGAGAUCUCGGGGAACACGGAGGACAUCCCGUUGGUGCGCUGGAGGCAGCAGUGGCUGGAGAAUGGCACGUUGCUUUUCCACAUCCAUCACCAAGAUGGUGCUCCAAGCCUUCCGGGACAAGAUCCUACUGAAGAACCCCAGCAUGAGUCAGCAGAAGAGGAGCUGAGGAUUCUCCACAUUUCAGUCAUGGGUGGCAUGAUCGCUCUGCUGCUGUCCAUCUUGUGCCUGGUGAUGAUCCUCUACACGCGCAGGCGCUGGUGCAAACGCCGCCGGGUCCCCCAGCCGCAGAAGAGCGCCAGUGCCGAGGCAGCCAAUGAGAUUCACUACAUCCCUUCUGUGCUGAUUGGCGGGCAUGGGCGGGAGAGUCUGCGCAAUGCCCGCGUGCAGGGCCACAACUCCAGCGGCACCCUGAGCAUUCGAGAGACGCCCAUCCUGGAUGGCUAUGAGUACGACAUCACGGACCUGCGCCACCACCUGCAGCGGGAGUGCAUGAACGGCGGGGAGGACUUUGCCAGCCAGGUCACACGCACUCUGGACUCCCUGCAGGGCUGCAAUGAGAAGGCAGGCAUGGACCUCACACCAGGAAGUGACAAUGCCAAGCUGUGCCUCAUGAACAAGUAUAAAGAUAACAUCAUCGCCACGAGCCCUGUGGACUCCAACCACCAGCAGGCCACCCUGCUCUCACACACUUCCAGCAGUCAGAGAAAGCGGAUCAGCAACAAAGCACGAGCUGGCUCUGCCUUCUUGAACCCUGAAGGGGACUCGGGCACAGAGGCAGAAAACGACCCCCAACUGGCCUUUUACACAGAUCCUUCUAGGAGUCGGAGGCGCAGUCGAGUGGGUUCUCCCCGAAGUCCUGUCAAUAAGACCACCUUGACCCUGAUCAGCAUCACCAGCUGUGUCGUCGGCCUCGUUUGCUCCUCUCACGUCAGCUGUCCUCUCGUUGUCAAAAUCACCCUGCAUGUCCCUGAGCACCUGAUUGCUGAUGGAAGUCGCUUCAUCUUGCUGGAGGGGAGCCAGCUGGAUGCCAGUGACUGGCUGAACCCUGCCCAAGUGGUUCUGUUCUCUCAGCAGAACUCCAGUGGGCCAUGGGCCAUGGAUCUCUGUGCCCGGCGGCUCCUGGACCCUUGUGAACACCAAUGUGACCCCGAAACCGGGGAGUGCCUCUGCUAUGAAGGUUACAUGAAGGACCCAGUGCACAAACACCUUUGCAUUCGAAAUGAAUGGGGAACAAACCAGGGGCCUUGGCCUUACACAAUAUUUCAGCGAGGCUUUGACCUGGUUUUGGGAGAGCAGCCCUCUGAUAAAAUAUUCAGAUUCACCUACACGCUCGGGGAGGGUAUGUGGCUGCCCCUCAGCAAGAGCUUUGUCAUCCCUCCAGCUGAACUGGCCAUCAAUCCAUCGGCAAAGUGUAAGACAGACAUGACUGUGAUGGAAGAUGCCGUGGAGGUCAGAGAAGAGCUGAUGACGUCAUCCUCCUUUGACAGCCUGGAAGUUCUUCUAGAUUCCUUUGGGCCAGUGCGUGAUUGCAGCAAAGAUAAUGGGGGCUGCAGUAAGAAUUUCCGCUGCAUUUCAGAUCGGAAGUUGGACUCUACUGGCUGCGUGUGUCCAGCCGGACUUAGCCCCAUGAAGGACAACUCCGGAUGCUACGACCGCCACAUCGGGGUGGACUGCUCAGAUGGCUUCAACGGCGGAUGCGAGCAGCUGUGUCUCCAGCAGAUGGCUCCCUUCCCGGACGACCCCACCUUGUACAACAUCCUCAUGUUCUGCGGGUGUAUCGAGGAUUACAAGCUGGCUGUGGAUGGACGUUCGUGUCAACUCAUCACAGAGACGUGCCCAGAGGGAGGUGACUGUGUGGAAAGCAGGGAGCUGCCCAUGAACCAGACUCUGUUUGGGGAGAUGUUCUUUGGUUACAACAAUCAUUCCCAGGAGGUGGCUGUUGGACAGGUGCUGAAAGGAACGUUCAGGCAAAACAACUUUGCUCGAGGAAUAGACCAGCAAUUGCCAGACGGCCUCGUGGUGGCCACCGUGCCCUUAGAAAAUCAGUGCCUAGAAGAAAUCUCAGAGCCCACUCCCGAUCCUGACUUCCUCACUGGCAUGGUGAACUUCAGUGAAGUGUCUGGAUAUCCGGUGCUGCAACAUUGGAAGGUCCGGUCUGUGAUGUAUCACAUCAAACUCAACCAAGUGGCCAUCUCCCAGGCCCUCAACAAUGCUCUCCACUCCCUGGAUGGGGCUACAUCGCGUGCUGAUUUUGUGGCUCUGUUGGACCAGUUUGGCAAUCAUUACAUCCAGGAAGCCAUCUACGGCUUUGAGGAGUCCUGUUCCAUCUGGUAUCCAAACAAACAAGUCCAGCGACGACUCUGGCUGGAAUAUGAAGACAUCAGUAAAGGCAAUUCGCCAUCAGAUGAGUCGGAGGAGCGGGAAAGAGACCCUAAGAUGCUGACGUUUCCAGAAUACAUCGCAAGUUUGUCCGACUCCGGGACCAAACGCAUGGCAGCUGGGGUCCGCAUGGAGUGCCAGAGCAAGGGACGGUGCCCCUCGUCUUGUCCCUUGUGUCACGUGACUUCCAGUCCCGACACCCCUGCCGAACCGGUUCUACUGGAAGUGACCAGAGCUGCCCCCAUCUAUGAGCUGGUGACCAACAACCAGACCCAAAGGCUCUUGCAGGAGGCCACCAUGAGCUCCCUCUGGUGCUCAGGGACGGGAGAUGUCAUCGAGGACUGGUGUCGCUGUGACUCCACUGCCUUUGGCGCUGACGGACUCCCUACCUGUGCGCCUCUCCCCCAGCCUGUGCUGAGACUGUCCACAGUGCACGAACCCAGCAGCACCCUGGUGGUCCUGGAGUGGGAGCACUCAGAGCCACCAAUCGGGGUGCAGAUUGUCGAUUACCUCAUCCGUCAAGAGAAAGUCACAGACCGGAUGGACCACUCCAAAGUGGAGACGGAAACGGUGCUGAGUUUCGUGGAUGACAUCAUCUCCGGGGCCAAGUCGCCAUGUGCUAUGCCCUCACAAGUUCCCGACAAGCAGGCCAGCACCAUCUCUCUCAUCGUAAGGUGCCUGGAACCUGACACCAUUUACAUGUUCACGCUGUGGGGAGUGGACAACACGGGCCGGCGCUCCAGGCCCAGUGACGUGAUUGUGAAAACCCCUUGCCCAGUGGUGGAUGACAUCAAAGCACAAGAAAUAGCUGACAAAAUCUACAACCUCUUCAAUGGCUACACAAGUGGGAAGGAGCAGCAGACGGCCUACAACACCCUUCUGGACCUGGGAUCCCCCACCUUACACCGAGUUCUCUACCACUAUAAUCAGCACUAUGAAAGCUUUGGGGAAUUCACCUGGCGAUGUGAGGAUGAGCUAGGCCCCAGGAAAGCCGGCCUCAUCCUUUCCCAGCUUGGGGAUCUCAGCAGCUGGUGCAAUGGACUCCUGCAGGAACCCCGAAUCAGCUUGCGUCGCAGCUCUCUCAAGUACCUGGGUUGCCGCUACAGCGAGAUCAAGCCCUAUGGACUUGACUGGUCUGAGCUCAGCCGUGACCUCAGGAAGACCUGUGAAGAGCAGACCCUCAGCAUCCCCUACAAUGACUAUGGGGACAGCAAAGACAUUUAGCUGGCAGCAUGCAACCGGGGAGUGGCUGCCAAAAGGAAGGAGGAGAAAGGAAGUGGGACAGCUGAUUUAGUCCUUGGAUUUUUAGUAUUUUUUAAUGGAACAUUAAAGUCUCCAUGAGCAACACCCUACUGAGGGAGACUGCUCCUGGCUCCCUACCAAACUUCUUCAGUUUGAUGUUCUUCAUCUGCAUGGUAGACACCUGCCAGUGUUUGUUCUUUAGAGGGUGAUUUUGAGGCUUAUUUGGGCAGAAUCAUUUGUUGUACUCAUUUUUUUGGUUGUUCUCCAAGAGGGUCAUCAGCAAAAUGCUUAAGGGGCUUUGUCUUGCUUCCCAAGGAAGGUCUACUAGGUUGAGGUGCCCAUGCCUCAGUUUCCCAGUCCAUUGUAGUUGGGGCAGAAGUGAGGACAGCAGGUUAUAAAUCCUGACUCAGGCCCCACCCUCCGGCAGUCCUCAGGAGGCAUUGCUCAGGGAGCCCACA